AUGCGCUGCAACGCAGGGUCCGAGUGCAAGCCGUGCUCGCAGGAGUUUGCUGCUGGCAGUGUCCCCACCUCGAGCUACAGCACCCCGGACUCCCUCUCCCCGGCUCUGAUUGCUGAGGAUGAGGACGACACCUUCUUCCCCGGCCUGGCCGAAGAAAAGGAGGACUCGUCUUCCCUGGAGCUGGGUGCUGCGCCGGGCGACGUGCACAGCAGCGCCGAGGACCUGCUCUCCAUAGACUCUGCGCUCCACGGCACCGAGUAUUACCGAGACCUGGGCUUCCCCGCGCCGCUGGAGGCUGGUGCAGCGCUGGGACCGGCCGCGUCCGGCUUCCCUGCAGCAGAACAGAGGCCUGGGGCCCCGGCAGCAAUGUCCCAGGAUCCCACGUGCCCUGCCCGUGUCCCCUGCUCCAUGGCUUACCAGGAGGUCGGAUGCCACUUCUUGAACAGCGACUGCCACUGCUCCUGUGCUGCUGGCGCUGCCGGGGCCGGGAGCGUGGCGGUGCCCGGGGCAGGCCUGGAGCUGCAGGAGGAUGAAGAAUCCUUCCCCACCCUCGUGAGGUCCAUGUCCACCUCGCGGCGGCACAGCUGGGAGAGCCCCUUGUCCCCCACGGAGAGCAGGCGCAGGUUCAGCCUGGACACCGCGGAGAUGGGCAGCGACCCGGAGCAGGAUGAGGACGAGAGGAGCCUGCCCUGCUCACUUCCCUGCACGGCCCUGGAGCUGCCAGCCACGCGUGGCAGGCUGGAGGCCGGGAGCAGGGCUGCGAUGGAAGUGGAGAUGAAGCCCUUGUGCCUGGAUCUGCCUGUGGGCCUGGGGUACCAGGACGCGGAGUGUGGCAGCAACCGGAAGAGACUGAGGUCCAAGUCCAUCCCUUCGACCUGCGAGGGGGUCCCCCCCCCACGACUGUCCCGGGACCUGGAGGCCUUGCUCCCGGCUGCAGAAGGCAUCCAACCUCCCGUGCUGGAGACGAUGGAGGAGGACCACGUGUCCCCGGACCGUGUGCUGAUCGUCCAGCAAGUGCUCCAGGAGCAGAAGCAGUACCAUGGGGCCAAGCAGUGGGCCCCCGAGGGCAGCGACGAGCCGCAGCAGAACCUCACCUGGUUCGAGUUCCUGUCGAACGAGAACGAGGACAGCGGGAAGAGCGAUAAGGUGGAGAAAGGCACCACGGUGAUGCGACGGCUGAGUUCCCUGCGGAGCCGCGUCACGGGAUCCUGGCAGAAGGAUAAGGGUAAGAACAAAGAGCAGCAGCAGAGGGAGAAGGAGAAGGAGAAGGAGAAGGAGGAGAAGGAGAAGGAGAAGGAGCUGCAGGGCACAUGGAAGGUCAAUGGGCACCAGCUGGUGCUGGGGGUUUUCUCGAGCAGCACCAGCUGCUCCCUGUGCGCCAAGCCCUUGGGCAACAAAACCGGUCUGCAGUGCCGCCGUGAGUACGGCUGCCCCCCCCCGCCCCCCAACAACCGCCUGGCUCCCCCCCACCUGCUAACCGUCUCACCUGGCCUGGCUGCCCCCUCUGACCUCACCUGGCCUGGCUCCCCCCCCCCCAACCACCUCACCUGA